GCGCAUGCGCCGCGGGGAGCGCGCAGGCGCGGGGCGGCGGUGGGGCAGCGUGGGCGUUUGAGGGCCCGGGGAAAAAGUGUUAAAUCCCCCUCGGAGAGGGCCGUUCUGUCUCUUCUGGGGCGUUUUGGCCUUGUGAGGUGGAGGAGGCCGCGUUCCCCUCCGCUGGAGGGGGCGAGAGCCCCGGCGUCUCCCGGCCUGGGGCGCUCGGGGCCGUGUGGAGACGCCGAGGCCGCUGCGGUUUGCGUGGGCAGCGCGGCCUGCUGCGGCCCGGGCUGCCUGGAGCCCCGUGGGCAGCGCGGCGGGCUGCGUGGGCCUGUCAGGGUGUGGGCAGAGCCCUGUAGCUGAGGGGAGGAGGCAGGGGGAGAAAGCCAGGAUCGUUUUUUUGUCUUCAGAUGAGGUUGAGAUAUGGAAAAGUAGAGAGCUGCUACUUCCCUGCAUUUCUGCCUCUCGGAGACCAAAGAACUGGGGCGGGGGAACCCUUCAGUGCAGGGGUUAAUAGCCCAUUCCUGGCUUGUUCAGAAGAUCUAGGACCUUCCCUCCUGUCUGGCUGGAAUAUAGAAAGAAAUGUGUUGCAGUUCUUUGCCCUACUCCUAAUUCCCUGGAGGAGCUGCCUGCCAUUUGGGGUCUGAUGAUUUGGUUUCUGUAAGACUUGACUUACAAACCUCAUUGUCUGUGAGGUGUGGAAUAUGGAGAGAGGAAUGACUCUGAGAUAUACUGAGGGGCAAGUACGGUACUAAGUUUAAUUUCUAGUCCUAGGAAAAUUAAAGAGUUUAUAAGCAUCUAGAAGGAAAUGAGAAGGUGAAUGCUAGCUAGCAUGGCUCUGUCAAGAAUGAAUUGAGCCAAUCUAAUUUCCUUUUCUGGCAGUGUAACAGGGCUUGCAGAUAAGGGAAAAGCGGUACAUGUCAUAUCUUGAUUUUUUUUUAAUUAUUUUUUUUCAGUAGGGCUUGUGACACUGGCUUGCAGGGUAGUCUAAUAAUAAACUGUGAAGCUGGUCUAGAUGGUAUCGUUCUAAGGGAGUUGCAAAACUCGUUGAGAAAAAUAUACUUGAUGUCCCGUCUACAGGGAACUGCUGGGCCUGUUGCUCACCAGUGAUGAAAUGGAGAGUGUAAUUGCUGCAUUUGAACAUGAGAUCAAGUCUAAGGGCAGCAUAAACACAAGGUCAUAGAACUAGAAUUCAGAAUAGCAGCUCUAUGAAAAAAUAGGAUGCAGUUCAAUAACAGGUGCACAGUUGUACACCAGCAUGAUCGGCUUCAGAAUUACAGGACAGGAGCAACUGGGCAGCUGGCUGUCCUGCAAGAAAGGAUGGAGCGGCUGUACUGGUUCAUAACCUGAAUAGGUAUCAAUAGUGUUUUGCUGUUGCAGAAAAGGCAAAGACUUAUGAUUUUCUUAAUCCAUACGGCCCUGCUAUGGUAAAGCAUACAAAGAAAUUCUUCAGCUCUACUGAGCUAUAUAAAAUCUUUGCUAGAAGAGUAUGUCCAGUCCUGGUCUCCACACAAGAAAAUAAUGGAUCAUUUGGAAAAAAAGGUGAAAAAUAUGAGUCUUUAAACCUGUGACUUUUACUGAGGCUGUUGAAACAAGACUGGGGAAAAAUGCGGUGUAUGCUGUGAUCCAGCUCCUGACACAGUUCUGCCAUGUGAGAAGCCUAGGAGGAGGGUAAGAAGCAGACUGUCAGCACAGCUGUUUAUGCAGAGCAUUGGAAGCUAGGGUGGCAGGAAAUAAGCUGCAGGGAAAUCCCACCUGGCUGAGGAUCCCUCAGGCUGCUCUACAGCACUGUUCUCUCAAGGAUCUCCAUGCUUUCUGCAAAUACCAUGAUUAUUCCUCCCACUGAUAUUUAUUUUGGUUUCCAGACCACCUGCGAGCCCCCAGAGCUCUGUGUGAGGGUAAAUUCACAGCAGCCGCAGAUCAGUAUCACCCUCUGUUUUAUGAAUGGAGAAAAAAAAAUGCAGGGAGUUCAUUUGAAGACAAGGCAGAGCGAAACAGAGCACUCAGAUGUUCAGGUGCUUUGCCAUUUGCUUUAAACAAAUGAGAGACAGGCAAAGAAAAGAGGCUUGGACGUGAGCUGUCACUGAAAGAUUUAAGUCAUACUUGUGCUCCCCACAAUUUACAGCAGCAGUUCAAUAGGAGCCUGCAACAGAAGAAUCAAGCGCUGUCAAGUCAGGGACAGAAGGAAAGUCAACAUCCCAAACCUGGGUAGUUAUUAAUAGUGGCCAGCAAGUGAGAGAUGAACUGGGGAGAAAUAGCAAGGGAGAAUGUUCCCCCUUUCCCUUCAGGCUUCCGCCUUGUCCAGGGCUGGGCCAUGAGGAGCCUGCAUAUGAUUGAGGGAGGGGGCUUCUCUCCUGCCUUUUUUUCCUGAAAACUUGUUAGGGAAACUGUUCAAUAACAAAACUGUAAGACCCUAAUUCCAGUGAGGGUAGUUCUUAGAUGGGAGGUGGUAGUGGGAUUUCUGGAGUGCUGAGGGUGUUGGUGGUUUUCUGUGGUUCCCAGAGGAGUCCAUGGAGCAGCUAUAAGUAAGAGUGACCACAGAGCUUCUCCAUCACUCCCUGGGGUCACAGCAGCCUUCGCAGAGGUGCCUUUUGUGCAGCACGGGCACAAAACCCUCUUAGCCUGAAAGGCUACAGUGAUGCACAAAAUAGCACAAAUACAGGCACAGCUGCAAAAGGGGUUCAGAAGAACCUGAGAGGGAGGACCUGGUUCAUCAGCUCCAUUCGUCAGCCAUCAAGAACCACGAGAGUCUUCCAAGAGUCCAUGGCAUACCCACUUCACAUGCCCUUGAGUGUUUUGCACCCCUGUCACAACCUGAGACUAUUAGGAGACCAAAAACUGUGGCAAAGCCAUUCCACAGGAGGGAGCAGGGGAGUUCAAGGACAUGACUCAUGUCCCAAGGCUCUGCAUUUCUGGGGGCCUGUUCCAUGUUGGGAGCAGACUAUAUCCCACACUUCAGGCAGUCUUCCUUUCCCUGCCCACACAUCAGAACUAUCUUUAAUGUUGUCAAGGCAACAGUCAGACUGCUGAUGGUGAAUAGUCUUUGUCAGUGUCCGGCAAACCAAAGAUGUGCCUCCUGGGGACCUAGGAUACCUGCUCAGCUCGUUGUUCUGUGCAGAGGCAAAGCUGCUGUCAUCGUUACUAUUAUUCUAGCUACUUAGAUUAAAGGGAACACAGGCUGUGCUGCAGCUUUGUUUCACUGUGCAGACACACUGCCCAGGCUAAGGGCUUCCCUCUAUUCCACCACUGCGGCCUCAGUGACGACAGCCCCAAGCAGUGCUCCGCGCCAGCCUUGUGAGUCACGCUGUCUGCACAGGCGUUGGAGGAGUCAGUCUGGGAUAAGCAGGAGAAGCCCCUGGAGUGAGCAGGUGACUCUGCCAGCAUGGUCUGUUUUUAGAGGGUACUGCUUGGACUGAAGUCAGAACAGCUUGGCUAUUGGAGAGGAUCCUGGUGUUGGCCCCCCUGGUGAUUUCAUUUUCCCCCCAUCCACCUGAAGAUCUUGGUGGUCUAAAGACAUGUGCCUGGAAGGACUCCAAGGCAGCAGUGCUGCACCUUUGGACAGUGGUUUCAGGGCUAAACAAGGUCCUGGUGUAACACUAUCAGUUGUAAUCUGCUACUCCAGGAUGAGUUUCACCCAUAAAUCAGGAAGGAGAAAGGUUCCUCCAUGCAUCUCCCCUCCUGAUCAGGCAAAAACAAAGAACUAUAAUAGCUCAGCAAUCAUUUCCCCUUUCAAUCUAUACUGUUAAAACUGGCCUUGCUGGUUUUCGAUACUUGGAUUUGCAACAUGGGAUGUGAUGCUGCUGCUCCUUUCCACAGAAAGCUCAGGACUUCACUGUGUCUGUCACCUCCCUGAAAUACAUGGACUAGCAUGGUCUCUAAAGUGGAUCAAUAAAAUGUUAAACCAAACACCCACAGAUGAUAGAUGCAUGUGACUAAAAAUAGUUCAUGCUUGCAUCCAACAGAUUUUAUUGGAUGCAGGCCUCAAACUCUUCUGCAAACUUAAAUUCAUUAUGGCUCACCAUCCCUUUACAGCUGGGUAAACUGAGGCACAGCACAAUUACAACUUAAAUCUUGAGUGGUGUCCACUGGUUGUGGGUGCUCCUCCAGUCUUUGGCAGAUGAAUUACCUACAAAAAGCCUAUUUUGUUCAGGCCUUUCAGUCUGAGGUUAGUAGGAGUGACUGUUGCUUAGCUUCCCUGAAGGCAGCCCUGAAUUGUCUUGUUUAGGUCCCUAGAGGUUUUAAAAGCUUAGGUGUAAAUGUUGUCCCAGAAGGCAAGAAAGUGUUAAGGCCAUCCCAACAGUAGGGGGUGAGUUAAAAUUCUGCAAUGUCAUUGCCCAAAGAUCACAUGGAAUUUAACAAAUACAUAGUUAAAAUACCUGCUGGCAGAGUACUUUUCUCUCUCUGGCUCUGCUUUCAAUUUCUGCCCUAUAGAGGUGUAUGAUCCUUCUCGCUCUCUACCCCCCACCUCUUCCCAGCAGUCAAACACAGCAAGUACCUACCAGAGACGAUACUGGAAGACGUGUUUACAGGGGCUGGCCAGGCUCUUAUAGCUGUGGAAAGGGCCUGAGCCAGCACUUAACCUUUUAAAAAAGAUGACACAUUUCUGAUCCAUAAGUUCAGCUGGGAGCCUGACUGACCAAAGCUUUGGUCCCUCAGGAGAGAUCAGUUAGUGCUUUGUUUCUUGGGGAUUUCUCCUGCUCUUUCCUUAUAGGAUGUUUUAUGAGCUUCGCUGCUGGAGUAUAGGGACGAGAGGCUGAAAUAGAAAGAUUGUCUGUUGAAGGUUUCUUUCAGAGUCCCAUCUUUGGCCAUGACCUUCUGGCCAGGUGGACUGACAGAUUUCAUCAGUGAGAAGAGCUGAUCUUUGGCAGACAGAUGUCACACUGAACCCUUGGCCAAACCAUGCACAUUGGUGACCUGAGUGGCUUUUGAUGGAGCUAAAGUUUCAUUUUAAAAUCAUUUCUAUGCACCAUAUUUAUGAUGAAAAUCUUCUGGGUGUUUGUUCUGAGUAGACAGGAUGAAGGCCGUUGUCUAGUCACAGUCUUAAGUGUUCAGUUGCUCAGUUGACAACUAAUGACAACUACUUCUGUAUCAGCUUUAGGUAUUUCUCUGUAAUGUUUGCCUCUACCAGAGCAUCUGGAAUGUGGUUACUCUGCAAGCAUUGCCGUCAUGAGCAUGUUGGGUGAAUAUGUUUGGGAUAGAGUUUCCAAGCAGGAAGAUUCAUAGAAACAGCCCCUUUGAGGUGAAAAUUAGAGCAUUCAUGUUACACCCACCUUGAAUUUGUAACUGACUAUUCACCCUGAAAACCUUAUUCUAAGAACGCAGCAUGUCCCGUCAGGAGCAGAAUAAUACCACAAAAACCAUGGCCAGCUUGAAUUUUGAAUAUUGAGGCUUGUGAUUAACUUCUCAGGAAUGCAUCCAGAACAAGUCGUAUUUGCUGGCCUUUUUUAGGUAAUUAUUUCAAACCAUGAAUGCAUGAGUGAAGAUCAUAAACAGUCCUGAGACAGACAUCUUACAGAAGGACAUAAAAUGCAUCAUAUGAAUAAUGGAUUCUGACCUGUUCACCCAAGUAUAAUAUACAUAAAUGUCCAUUUUGCCCACUCAGGAGAUAUGGGCUGCAAAGGGAGCAAUCAGAUCUCUCCAUGGAGUGAUCCAGGUCAAAAUGGCAAACCUUAAAUAGAUACCAGCUUACUCAGCCCAGCAACAGAUCAGCAACAGCUAGAACUCAAGCAAAUUGCUUCUUAAGUAACUAGGAUGCCUCUCAUGAUUUUAAUAAAAAGUCAUUGCAGUUUCCAUAGCACAGGCUAUGAUGUAUCCUGUAUCAUCCCUGACCACACUGUUCUCUAGUCUUGUCCAGCACGUCAGCACACUGCAUAAAUCCCACUGUGACAGUCUGUGUUGGGCUGUGGCUGGUUCAUCCAGCCACAUCCCAUUAGAGCGAUUAUAUUAUCUGGUAAAGAUGUUUUUGAAGAUCUGCUUAGAAAAUGAAGGAGACAUAUUCUGACAUGGUAUUUCUGGGUGGCGCGGCACUUCACGGUUAGCUCUGCAGAGUGCUGUUAGAAAGCAGCAUCCUGAAAGGCCUGAGCAGUGGAUCACGGGGAGGGAGUUGUCCGCUGAGCAGGGUGUCUGCCUUCGAUGUGGGCUCCAUUUCUUGCUGUGACAUAGGUUUCCUCGUCGUCUUAAAGUGAGAAUAAAAGUCCAAGCUUCCUGCCUGAAGGGUGGGGAAUGGUUUUCAGAUGAGGGGCAAAUUUGUGUGCGUAAUACAGGCCAUGUGGAAGAAAGGUUCUGGUCUCUUUCUCCUAGGGCUGCCAGGAUUGCCAGGCUGAACACAGUGGCCUAGGUGUCCAUAACAGCAUUCCCAGUCAUAAAGAAGGAGGUUAUAAAUGUACAGAGGGCAGGGAGAGGAAGAGGCGGUAGAAAAGGGCUUUUAACUGCUCGCUUUACAGCCUCAGCCUUUGCACUGCUGUGACAGCCUUGAAAUAACAAGGAACUCCCUUUCAGAUGCUGUCUUUCAGGGUUGCAUUUAAGUAACAGCAGCAAACUGAUCUCUGGUCAUUAGGGGAGGAAUGGUAUCUGGAUCUGCUGAAGGAUCACCGGGUUAUAUAAAGAUCAGUCCAGGAGACUAAGAUGUUUGUGCAUUUAUUAGUCAUUUAAAAAAUAAUGCUGGUUCUUUGAUGAAAGCUGUAUCCUCAUUCUCAGCUGUUGUCUGUUGCCUGCUUGGGGAGUAUCAGUGUAGAGCUGGAGAGGUAUUGCCUACUUGGAGAGAAUCCUGUGAGGGCUGGAGGGGUAUUGGCUGCACAGAGACACAUCCAGUUGCUAACCAAACAAGGACAGAUUGCUCCUCAUGAGGCACAGAGGGUCUGAUGGGGAAGAUGCCAAGUACUUUCAAAUCCCACUAGGUGUUCAGUGAGUCAUUGGUUCUGCAGAAGAUGGUCUGUGCGGUUGCAUGAUCAAAAACUCUACAGGGAAGUGCACACAUGAGAAAGCAAAGUUAAAGUCCUUUCUGUUGUUGUCUAACUUCUCAGUGCUCGGCUUUCCAAAUAUAGGACUUUUUAAUGUGACAAAUUAUGUGAACAAAACAAACAACCAGUGUCUUUUUUUGGGGAGGGGGGGAUAAAAAGGGGAAAGAAAAUCUCCAGCAUGUGGCAUCAAGAUGACCCCACACAGACUGUUGAGAAGAUUGGGAGUUUUUAAUCCACAGCACAGGCUUUGGACACUUGAACUCAUGGAGCAACAUAUAGCACUAAUGAGUUACUCUGCCCUAGGUGGACCAGCUGUACAGAGGACUAAGCCAACUUUUCCACCAGGAUUUAACUGUGUCUGCCAACUGCAAAGGAGUAUUAACAUUCAGAAAACAGGUCUCUCCAUGGAUCUGGCAGAGAUGGUGCACUAAUGGUUAGCAAACCUUCUGUCUGUUCCCUCCUGUCUGUCUUACCUUAGUUCUCCAAAUGUAUCUGACACAGAGGUCAGGGACAGACAAAACCCUCAGACCCAAGCGUAAACCUGAGCAGAUCUAUCAGCUAGUCCCUUCCCUAGCCCCAACCUUUGGCCGCAGGACUCUAUCUAGUUCUAGCCAAGGGCUACCAAUGACCAAAUUCUUAACCAGAGACCAUCAGGAGCCACAACCUUGUCUUGGACAAGGACCCUCUCCCAGCCCCAGGUAGUGGGACGAUGCCAGCCACAACAAGAGCACUUGGAUUCCACUAGGAUGGAAUUACAAAAGGGCCCCAAAUUCCAGCUCUAGCCUAGGACUGCCACCUGGGUAAGUCCCUUCCAGCGCAGGCUUGGAGCUUCUUUCUGUCCUAUCUUUAACUGGCCCGCUAUCUAUAGCCCUAGAUAGGGACACCAAUAAAACCACAACCAUAAACCUGGCCAGGACCUGUGAGUCAAUCCCAACCUCACAGAGUUGAGGUUGAGUAGCACAGAGGGCUACUUGGCCUGAGUUUUGAAGAUGGUGGAUCCAGACUGUGAACCCAACUCACCUCAGCUGAUUUUGGAUCAUGGCUGCUGCCAUUUGGCACCGUGUGCUGCCUUGGAUUACAAAGGGCUGUACAUGGGCAGUCAGCAGCUUCAUUGGUAGGACUGCAGAGCCUUCCCCAUAUACAUUUGGAAGAUCACCUGCUUGAGUACUCCAUGCAUGCUGCGGAUCGCCCCUGUUCAAUUAAGUCUGCCCGUAACAUUCAGGAGCAGAAAAGACAAGGCAGUGGGGGAUGAGGAAGCUCUGAGAUUCCUCCUCCCCUUGUUUCCCUUUUUCCUAGGGAGUUGUGAACCGCUGUCUGGGAAAAUGGGAUAAAGGAGGAGGAACACACAGACUACCUGCCUGCUCAGAGGGAAUUUGAGUAUAUAUUUUUAUGUAUCUAAUCCCCUAAUGCAAGUUGCCCCAGUUAAAGCAAAUCUGCUUGGAGGAUCACACCAGCUGCAGUCCGUGUGAGCGUUCUUCCAGCAAGCAGCAAGAUGGUGUUGCCUGGGGACUGCACUGGUGCAGAGAGCAGCUCCAGUCAGCUUGUCCGGGGAAGCUGUUUGCACCGUUCACAUGAGGGAUCCCUCCCAAACCUAGAGAGACAUCAGUGUGGUGAAGUGGCAGAAAACAUACAGCACAGUGAGAUGUAAUUACUGGGGGGCCCUGGAAGUUCAUUACCAACCAGUGUGUAUAUAUGUGUUACUGUGUCCAGUUCUGGGCUCCCCAGUAAGAGAGAGACAUGGCACUACUGGAGGGAGUCCAGCGUAGGGCUACGAAGAUGAUCAGGGGACUGGAGCAUCUCUCUCAUGAGCAAAGGCUGAGAGAGCUGGGGCUGUUAAGCCUGGAGAAGAGAAGACUGAGGGGGAUCUUAUCAAUGCAUACAAAUAUCUGAAGGGAGGAUGUCAAGAGGAUGGGGCCAGACUCUUCUCAGUGGUGCCCAGCAACAGGACCAGAGGCAACGGGCACAAACUGAAACGUGGGAAGUUCCAUCUGAAUAUGAGGAAAAACUUCUUUCCUGUGCGGGUGACAGAGCACUGGAGCAGGUUGCCCAGAGAGGUGGUGGAGCAGAUGAUCUCCAGAGGUCCCUUCCAACCUCAGCCAUUCUGUGAUCCUGUGUGAUGUGGAACAGUUGAAACAGAGACUAGUAUCACCCCUGGGCUUAGCAAAAAUCAUCUUCAACUCCUAGGAUCAGGUAAAAUAUGCAUAUUGAAUGUCUUCUUAUCAUCUCCUAAGUACAACUUUCAAACCAAGGCCCCUAAAUACACAUUUUAAACAAAGACACUAAUUUCUGUUGAAGUGCUGUCCUCAGCAAUGAUAAUCAGAGACGUCUGAGGAAGGUGAGUAGCCAGACGUCUGAGGAAGGUGAGUAGCCGGCACCCAGCAUGCCUGGCAGUCCUCAGUAAUACGUCCCUGGGGCAGUUUCCUCUUCCCCCUGCCCAGUCCUUGCUGGGGUGGCAGCAGGCACUGUCCCAGCCUGCAAUGUGAAGCAGGUCAGACUUUCACUGUAACCGUCCAUCACCCUUGCCAGAUUGCUGGCAAAUCAGUGCAAUUGCCCCGCAGGCAGGUCAGCACAACAGCCACCUCCGGGAGCUUCACCCCGCUGCCAGCGCCCAUCCCAUGGCAGCAGUAACUCUGCUGGGCCCCACCAGCCUGCCGCCGUUCAGUGCCCAAAUCCCUGGGCACGGCAUCCGCCUGCUCCUCGGAGGAGAAAGCCGCCCCUGGAAUUGCACCGUGCAGUCAGGAGAAGAGAAAAUUUCAUCUCUCGGUCUAAGUUGCACACAGACGCCCUGACAGCAAAGUGGCGUCCGGGGGCUCAAACCCCUGUGAUUUAUGUGAGUUUCCUGAUCUUUUCCUGGGGUUUCUCUUCCCUACGUGAUUUACAGCAGGCUCCAUGCCUUUAGAGAAUGCCUUAGCCUUUCUCCUGCCGGGCACCGUGGAGGACAGUGAUGCGUGAUUUAUAGAAAAUCAGGUGUUUUUUCAGUAGCUCCAAGGACGCGCCAUCCCGCUGUUGUGUCUCACCCCCAAAUUCACCUUAGCUCUGUCUGCUUCAUUUCCUCCAGUUACAGACUCGGGGACUAAAGCAAUUUUCAUUGCUGGGCCUCAUUAGGGAAAAAAACGUCUUUAAGAUUUUUGGAUGUAGGUGAUUAUAAUUUCUGCAGCUGAAUAAAUCAGUGUCCCAUAACCGACAGAGGAUAAUGGAUUUAAUAAAUAGCUAUGAUUAAGUCUGAUGUUAUUUUUAAAUAAUUUCAAAAACCGUUACUCUAAUCCCUCCGUGGCUGGCAGAAAGGAUGCUGCUUAGAAGUUAAAAUUAGUUCCUUAAUGUUCAGUCUGGUGUGGAGUUACAGGCCCUCCAGGGCCGUGCUCGUUCUCCGAGGCAUCCACUUACGCUCGCUGGCUAAUGGGCAUUAACAGCUGCUUUUGCCAAGUGUUGAAGGACCCCCACAACUCACGCUCAAGCGCUGCCGCUGUUCUCGUUUCUGGGGCUCAAUUAGCUUGUCAGGAGCUCCCAUGGCCUCCAGCGUGCCCAACUGAUGGGAUAAUCAGUCGGUGUUACGCUCCACAGUUUUAUCCACUUUACAAGCAAGAGGCUCCAAAAUGGCUUUCACGAGCUGUCUCUCUUCCAGCACAGCAAUUCCCUUGUCUUUAAUACCCGGGCGAUCCACAGCUCUGCCAUGCCUCUUUAUCAAUAAAUAUAGAUCUCUUUUGUAUAAUAUCAAUGUGACUUCCUAACACUUACAUUUCUGAGUGAAUGAUCCCAUUCUUAGCAGGAAAAAGACACUUAAGAACACUUUGCCUUGAACAAAACCACACAAAGAGACGAGUCUUCUGGUCCAUGUAACUUCAUACAAGUAUUAGAUGUGAAUUGUGUAUUUUCUCAACCAUACGAAAAAUCCUAGCGAACUUGAGCUAGGAUUGCAGGAAUGGAGAUGUCCCAAAGUGCAGUGAGUAACCACGAGAGCUGGUAUUGAUCAAACCCAUUUUAACCUGCCACAUACCCAGGUGUUUGGGAGAAAAUUAAGACUGUCAAGAUAGGAUUCCCGUUUCUUGGUGACAUCCCAUCACAGAGCCCUGCUAUAUUCCUGUAAUAAAAACUGGCUGCAGGGGAAAGGCGCUGGGCUGGGGUGCGGUUUGCCCUGACCUGCUGUAUCCGCAGGCAAUGCAGGGUGUGAUCCUGCUCUCCCACCACCCUCCGUGACACCUCAGCUCUAGCAGUGCGAGGCCACAGGAUAAGCUGUUUUGACUGAAAUGGUGGAAAAUCAUGCUUCUUUCUUUUCUUGUGAUGGGUUGGGUUCCCUUUGAAAGCUGUCUGAACUGACACAUCCCACAGCUCGCCGGCUGCAGCCAAGAGCGCGUGUGUGUGUAGGGGGGAGUGCACCUCUGGAGGGAGAGGAAAGCAGGAUCACUUCGGGGGCAGCUACACUGAAUUAGGGGUAACAGCAAGCUCGAGCCUUGGAAGAUCCAGCUGCAGUGCUUAGCUUUGCCACUGGCUCAGCAAUAAGACAGCGAUAACAAUAAAUCCCUUCUCCCACCUUCCGCAUGUCCUGAUUAGAUGGACUGCAACGGACAGGGGCUGUCUCUUAUUGCUUGUUUGGUGCCUGACACGAUGAGCUCUGAUCUGGACUCAGAUCCGUGGCUGCUGCAGUAACAACGGGAUUGAAAUGAACCUAGUGGCGGGCGGUGGGGGGGUCACCAGCUGCGUGACGCCUGCAUCCCCGGGAGGAAUCGGCACAAGCUGCGAGGUUAGCACUGCCUCCCUCCGGGAUUGAGUACCACGGAGGAUACAUCCCAAAGGAAAAAGGAGGAAGCUGGAUUUCCAGGCUCUGUCUUUGCCACACUUAGGAAUUGCCCUGGGCAGGUGGGACAUGGCGUGGGAAUAUCUUGAGAGGCACGUGGAUUUGCCAGGCCCAGUCGAGAAGCAGCCUAGGUGUAUUCGCACGGUGGCCCACGACCACCAAUCGUCCCCUGGUGUGAACGGGGCUCUGCGGUGGGCAGAGCGGGGCUGGGUCAGGCAGCCCACAAGGAUAUUUCUGCAUCAGGCACCCUCGUGCUUCAGUCCCAGGCUUAACGUAGUGAGGAAACGAGCCUGUUUGCGCUCAACAGCGUAUUGACGGUCCCAGCAGUGAUUCGCAUGGGAAAGGGGAGUGGGAUCAAGCAUCUUGUUUCACCUCGGUUUGCACCAGCCUGAAGCACAACUGCAGCUGCCCCAGCAACAACCUGCUCUGAGCAUCUGGUUGCUCCGCGACACAGACCGCUGGCGCGUCUCUUGGCUCGGGUCCCUGCCAGCCUCACCGUACCAGGGAAACCAUGGCACUCGGCGAUUUCCUCUGCGCUGGGGCAUCUGCGUCAGGCUCCCCCCACGCACAGCUGGGCACAGGGCUUCUAAAGGCUCUGCUGUGAAGCGCUCGUGUAGCACCAGUGCAGCAGGGCUGGACUCAGUCUUGGUCGACAUUCCUUGGUAUUGCUGUAACUAACAAGUAAAAUUAAUUAGUUGAUGUUAGCUUAAUGGACUACAUUAGAGUUGAGUGAGAAAAUAUGCUGUUUGAGAGCAGACGUUCACAGAAUUGGCAAGAAUCCCUACCUUUGCUUUCUCCCUGCCAGGUGAGGUUUCCUUUUGCAGAAGGACUGCUCCGAAUAGCUGCUGUAGCUGUACAACCUCGUGCGAUGGAGCCAGGGCCAUGCCUGCAUCAUCUAACCCCGCUGCCGAGAAACGGCACGUUGACACCUUUCCUGACCAGUCCCUUUCCCUGCACACAGUGGCAGUAAGCUUAUUAAAGAGACAUGACAAAACAGAGGAGGGAAAAACAGCGCUUUUAUCUCAAGGCUUAAAACUGAUGUUUUCAAAUCUGCCACCAGUCACAGUCUAACUAAUCCACAGUGUCAUGGUGGGAGCGCUUGACCAAGGGUUACACGGCGAGAAAGAGCAGCAACAAAAAACCCCUCUAAACUGGAGCUGCAGCUUUUCGUACCUGUCAAGAUGUGGAUUUUCAGCCUGAGCACACAAGGCUGAGCUCAGGGGACACUGUCAUGUAGAUUUAGGGUUUUAUCUCCUUUCCUCUCCAUUAGCUGUGAUACCCUCUUCCUAUGCUGAAAACUGAAACAUUUUUUCCUCCAGCGCUUGUCCCCUUUCCCAUUCGGCAAAUAUCGAUCUGCCCGUGUCCUCAGCACGGGUUGAGAUCAGGUUGCUCAUCCUGCGCCUGCUCGUGGGUCGAGCGCUCGGCAGUGCCGCUUCUCCUGCCAUCGGUGAUGGAAGCAGCGUACGGGAGGGGGGUGUUAAUCAAUUUGCACGUGUUUUCUCUCCGUGUUCUCUCUCUCCGUGUGCUGGCGGUGACAGAGCCCUGAACACGAUGGGUCUGAUCGCACCUGGCGGGUGGAGGGGAAAUAGAAAAGGGCAGAAAGAGAAAGAGCAGCCCAGGAUAACAAUAAACUUCUCGCGGCCUUGUUACAGGUUCGUACCCUGCAGCACCGUGAGCGAGGAAGCGCUCAAGGCAAAAGGACGACGGCUCUGCCCCCGCCGCGCAGCCUGCUCGGCACUGCCCUGCGCGAGAGGCUGCCCUCGCUCAUCUCGCAGGGCGGUUUUAAGCCAAUUUAAUUAAACUGCUUGGAAAGGUUGCAGGGGCCCAUCUACUUCAGCUUGAACCAGGCCUGUUUUGAUUUAGCUUUGGCUGAUUAGGAAUUAACUGAAACAAGCCACUCAGAAAACAAAAUUAGAGGGUGCCCAAUAACUUUUGCACCAGAUUAAGUUGAAUUAAAAAGCAAUUGAAAUGUAAUUCUGUUUCAAGCAGCCAAGAGACAAGAGAAUGCAACCAGUGGCACCUGAAACUUAAAAAUACAGUGUUUAGGAAUAGCACGACUAGCUUUUUAAUGUUCACAAACAACAGAUAUACCUGAAGAUCUUCUCUCAAACCCCCCUCUCCCCAAAUCACCUUCCACACAAAGCUUUGUACAAUUUGUUUCAAUUACCUUGAAAGGGAGAAUUGGCAUGACCCUGCUGGGCUUUGAAUCUAUGAUUUAAAGCAGCCUGGGUACUGUACAGUAUAUUUUCACAAUUAUUUCCAUGCUGGAAAUAGCAGCACAGUGAAAUAGUUGUUCCCUGUAACUCAUAUAAUUUAUUUUAAAAUAGCUCUCACGAUGCACAGUUAGCAGGAUGUAAAGACCCACAUCGUGCGCCCAGGGAAGUUAGGUGCGAAGGGUGCAAACCUCGGUCUGCCGACCCCAGCGCUCGCAUCCGACUCCCAGGAACCACCUCAUCUCCCCUCCCCACGGCGAGCCCCGGACACCCCCUCCGAAUUCCCGCGCCUCCUGUCCCCCCCCCCCCAGAAAAAGUGCAGGUGGAGGCUUUCAGCUGGCAACUUGAUCAAAUCUGUCAAGAUGCCAGUUGUGACUGAGCAAGGUGAGCGGAUGAGGAAGUUCAAGAACAGAGGCAAGGAUGCAGCUGCACUGAGGAGGCAGAGAGUGGAGGUGAAUAUAGAGCUUCGAAAGGCCAAGAAGGAUGAACAAAUCCUGAAACGCAGAAGUAUUUCCAUCACUUCCAUGGAGGAGAGCCUUUCUCCAGGGCAGGAGAAGAAGAAUGCAAUUAUUCAGCUGUCCUUGGAGGAAAUAGUUGAAGCUGUGAAUGGGAGCAAUACUGAGCUACAGCUGCAGGCUACACAGGCAACCAGGAGAAUGCUGUCCAGACAGAGGGACCCACCUCUCAAUCAGAUCAUUGAAUCCGGGAUUAUCCCCAGACUGGUUGAGUUCCUAACCCGUGCUGACAAUGCUCCUCUGCAGUUCGAAGCGGCCUGGGCGCUGACUAACAUAGCAUCUGGCACCUCAGACCACACCAGAGCAGUGGUGGAAGCAGGUGCUAUCCCAGCCUUUGUGUCCCUCCUGUCCUCCCCGCACAUGCAUAUCAGCGAGCAGUCUGUGUGGGCACUGGGCAAUAUAGCAGGUGAUGGUCCUCUGUACAGAGAUGCCCUUAUCACUUGCAAUGUGAUUCCUCCCUUGCUGGCUCUGGUGUCACCUGUAACUCCAGUUGGGUUCCUGAGGAACAUCACAUGGACACUGUCAAAUCUCUGUAGGAACAAGAAUCCCUACCCUCCCCUGGAUGCAGUGAAAAAGAUGCUGCCAGUCCUCAUCUGCCUCAUGCAACAUGAAGACAAGGACGUAAUUUCUGACUCCUGCUGGGCUGUGUCCUAUCUGACCGAUGGGUCCAACGAUCGCAUCCAAAUUGUGGUUGACACAGGGAUUCUCCCGAGGCUGGUGGAACUUAUGGCCAACCCAGAGUUGAUUGUUAUGACUCCAGCCCUCCGUGCCAUUGGGAACAUAGUCACAGGGACUGAUGAACAGACCCAGGCAGCUAUUGAUGCUGGUGUCUUGGCUGUCCUGCCCUAUCUCUUGCGCCAUGCAAAGCCAACUAUACAGAAGGAAGCAGCGUGGACUCUCAGCAACAUUGCGGCAGGGUCUUGCCAGCAAAUCCAGCAACUCAUUACUUGUGGAUUAUUGCCACCUCUGGUAGAGCUGCUAGAUAAGGGAGACUUCAAAGCUCAGAAGGAGGCUGUGUGGGCUGUGGCUAACCUGACAACGGGAGGCACUGUGGAGCAGGUGGUGGAACUUGUCCAGUCUGGGGUGCUCAAACCUCUGCUCGACCUACUCUCUGCCAAAGACAGCAAAACUAUCCUGGUCAUCCUAGAUACCAUUGCAAAUCUCUUCCUGGCAGCUGAGAAGCUGGGAGAGACAGAAAGGCUGUGUCUUCUAGUAGAAGAGCUUGAUGGUCUGGAGAAAAUUGAAGCCUUGCAAGCCCAUGACAACAACAUGGUCUACCGAGCUGCACUGAGUAUCAUAGAGAAAUACUUUGCUGGUGAGGAGAAUCCAGACUUGCAGCCUGGGACUGACCAAGAUGGGCAACUCUAUGACUUUUCAGUGAAGAAGCAAGACUUCAACUUCUGAAGACGAAGCACUACACAGUCCUGAGCUGCUGGGUGGAGGUGGCUGGUAGGAGCUUGGGUCUCCAGGCCAAGAGGAGCAAAGAUGCUGAGUCUUUUUACUUUUGAAAUCUAUCAAUAAAUAACACUAUUGCGUUUGUA